CAUGAAGCGCUCGGGAGCACGUGCGUCGGCUCCCACCUCGACCUUGUCGCGAUCUCGGCCCACGCGAGUGAAACCCAGCGGUACGACUGCGUCGGACGCUCGGCCCGCCAAACCAGAGCACCCCCCCACUUCUCGCAAUGGUUCCAUGCCUCCACGUCUUCCAGCACCGCCCGACGCAUCACCUCACGACCCAAACCAACCACUGUCUUCAUUUACCAACCGUGCAAAAGACGAAGUUGUGGCGCCGGCGUGUCGUGGAGUUGGCGCCGACCAUCACCACGACACCGUUGCGACGAAUACACUCGUCCCCAACCAACCCAACCAGCCACACCAUUCAAAAGUGGACGCAUUUCACGCCGACAACCAAGCUGCGGGCUCACCCGACAAGCAUGCCAUCUCUGUUCGGCUCGUUCGGUUUGAUUCAGCGAGAGACAAGGUCAAGCAGCGUCCAGCCGAGGAUCACCAUGUCGCGGCUCGGCGGGCCCGGAACGGCCAUCCGAAAUCGCCGCCGCAGGUGCUUCCAUCGAUCGAAAAGUCGUUGGAGACCAUGCGGGCGGGCAGGAACAGCUUCCUUCAAAGCGCCUUGCCGCAUGCGACUGCAGUCGCAUCCGACCAACAACCAUGCCACCAUGACGUACUUGACGACAUCGGUCCCUGGCAAAGCGAGCGCAUCCCACAACCGGGCCGUGCCGUCGUCGACGAAACCAAUCAAGCCAACACGAUUCGCGUGCAAAUUCAGCCCACCAGGCGCUCCAAGAACGAAGCGCUGCCUCCCCCGCCAGGUCUGCUCCCUGUAGACGACGGCAAUUUUCCUAACAAGAUGCGCGGGGGAGCCGUCGUCAUCCAGUCCAAGGCAAGUCCCACGGAAGGCGACGCAUCUGGCGACGGCUGCAACUCGACGGCAUCCACCAGUCCGCCCAAAGCGUCGGCUAUCGUCGUCGGCUUCAACUUGACCAUACCUCGAACGGCGCAAGUGUCUCGUCUUCGCGGCACGGUGGCGCCCGUCGCUCGCAAGGGGUCGCCACCCGUUCGUGGCAGCCACUACCAUCAUGGCCAGCUUGACGACGGCGAGGAGUUUUCGCGCAUCCCCUGCGUGUUGACGACUUCAUUGGUGCGUGGAGAUUCGCCGCCGUGUACGUGCAAUGGCGCCUUAACCCGACUUGCUUCGACGCACUCGCUGCCAUGUUUCCGCGUGAGUUGGCUCGACAUCGCCGACAUAUUCUACCCCAACAGGUGACGCGCUCUGUCCGUAGGGCUAUUCGCCGGCACCCUGUGGUGUCCACAGGGCGCAUGGCACCCAAAGUGUGCCCCAACUAGCCCACGGACCGGACGCCGCCGCGUUCCUGACCAUCAAUCGGCGGGAAUGUACCCUCGAGCGCGGCCAGUCGAGUGAAAAGCACGUGCCAAACCGAAUUGGAAUGCUCAAGCGCAAACAAAAGAUCCACCACACCCAAAACGUUUCUGCGCGGCUCAUGGACAACACGAUCGUAUGGGACGACUGACCCAGCGUGAAAGAACCUGCUUUCGUUUGAACCUUGCAAUUAGUCCUGCGCCACAUACGCUUCGACCAGGGCAUGCUCUGCAAUGCGGGGAAUGCUCUCUACGUGUGCCACGCCGCAUGAGCAUAUCUUGGGGCGGUCGUACAUACUGGUGUACUCGAUCGUGUCGGCGCCGCCAAAGAUGUCGGCGGUCAGCGCCAACACAUCCUUCUUCGUCAUGGUCGGGUCUCCAAAAAACGAAGCAACGGUCGUCACGGUUGUGACAAGGAAGCGAAAUCCUUGGGCGUCGACUUCGCUGCGUCAAUGCAUGAGCCAUCGUCCCAUGCCCGCGGGAACAGCCUUACCCCGUGCUGUCUUCGUCUAGCAUUUCAAACGCCACUACACCGGGACGCGUUGUUGGAUCGAGUCGACGGCGGAAUCGAGAGGGGCCUUACGUGCGAGUUUUGACGUCAAGUUGCCUUUUUUCAUGACGACGAGUCAGCAAACACCUUGCACGCUCGAAGUACCUUUGACAAGCGGCGCGACCCCCACGAGGAACUCUCGGCUGUUGAUCACGUCGUCGCCCGUCUUGUCGAGCAUGGUGAACAAGCGGUCGAGAAUUGCGCGGUCCGAUGCCUGCGUAAACGCCGUGCGUCACAACGGCGUGUGCGUCGUUCCUUACAUAAAAGUUGGCGCGGUCCACUGCCGCGUUAAAAUCCUCCCGCGACAAGUUUGGCUCGACGCGCUCCUUGGUUGUCGACGACGAUGUAGAUGGUGCCGCUGCUGCUCGUCGAAACACUUUUUUCACUUCGGUCGUCGGCUUGGCCGCUGCCUCAAACGCUGUUCGGAGGUCGAGGAGAUCGUCCCGAUCAACUACGCUCACAGCACUUGAUGAGGACAAGGCAGCCGCAAGUCGACCCAACACUGAGUGAUGUGGGACACUGCUGCGAUCGCCAGACGGUUCGCUUGCUUGGACAAGUCGUGGCCCAUGGCGCCGGCGGGACCUCUAGGAAUGCAACCGCCCGAGUGAAACCGACUACGUGGAAAGAGCCACCAGUAUAUUUUUUC